GUUCCUAAGAGAAGUAUACUCAAUUUUUAUGGUCGAAUAUGUAUUAUUAUCCUUUAUUUAAUAACCGGCAAUUGUACCCUUGGCAGCUCCUAAGGCUUCUUCACUGACUUGCCGGCCUAUCGCCGAAGAAGAUUACUUCCUUCCUUUAAUCCUCCAGACUUUCCAUUGCUGUAUUCUCAAAGCUCCAAUAUUUCUUCUUCUUUUCUUGCUUCCAGUUUCUUUGAUCACUCCCCAUCACUUUGUCUCUGAUGGAAAGUCGAAGCCUUUUCUGGGUUUCUCCGAUGGGUAUUGCUCACUACUUGGAUUUUCCGCAUGGAGUGGUAAAUUAGGGUUUUUGGCCAUCGCCCUCAAACGGUUUGCAGCAGUCUCGGUUCUAUGAGUUUGGGAAUACAACAUCGCUCUUGAAUUGGAUUCUAGCCUCGAUUAAUUUUGGGAUUCUUCUGUGAUAUUAUAGCUUCGUUCUUCUGGUUGGUGCUGAAAAAUUGAAAGCCUGAGUCUUUGAUUCUAAAGCUUGGAGUGAGAUUGGGAAAUGUUUUCGGGGAGGUCUACAAUGUUUGAGGAGUUGGAGCGCUCUCUUGAUUGUUGAGGACAAAGAGAGAAGAAAUGGAUCUAUGGAUAAUCGCAGCUACUGCUGCUACAGGAUAUAUAGCCAAGCAUCUGCAAAAUGUAUCAAAAGGUAAAGGAAACUUCCCCGAGUUUUCUUCUGAAGAUUUGAUUUUGACUAAUGUGAAGCCAGAAUCUCCGAGAUGUUUGGUUAGCGGAAUGGUACCAAAUGAAGAAAACUUUGAGGAUUGCCUAAAUGGGGGAAAUCUAGAUGUAUUCGAAUGUGGCAAUGUAUACGGAGUGGAAGUAGCUUCGGGUAAUGAGGAGAUUCGUUCAGAUUCUUUUGGGAACAGAGCGUUUCUUAGGCGAAAUCAGCGGUACAAGAGUCUUAUCAAGCCUUUUUCUAUGGAGAAGAGCGUAGUGUCUCGAUUACAUAGAGAGCAAAUGUCCAUGGAGGAACAUAUGCGUAGCCCUUAUCCAUCGCCGUGCGGUUCAGUUUCGAGGCCCUUGGUUGUUACUGAUGGUACAGAAGUAAUUAGCAGGAACUCUGGAGACUGUAUUAGCCAGCGAGUCCCGAAUUUCGGAAUUCCUCAGCUAAGGAAGUUGGAAUCUUCGGGUCUUUAUGCUAAGAGGAGAGAUGGUAAUGCGAGUAGGAGAUCUGAUAAUGGGAUUGAUGAUGCAGCGUUACUGUUAUGCUUUGGAAUUUCGAUUGGGAUAAUGUCAUCAUUUCUACUAGCAAACCAAACCGAAGUUAACAAGGUCAAACCUGAGUUAAAGCAGACUGAGGAUUUAGAAGAUGAGCUCAAGGCGAAAGAUUCGUUGACAGUGAAAGAUGACUUCCACAAUUGUGGAAAACAGUGUGAUGAAAAGACGUUAGAGAAUUCAGAAUCUAUAAGUAAAAUUGAAGCAGAGCUUGAAGCUGAACUUGAAAGGCUGGAGAUCAACAUGAACUCCUCCAACAUUGAGACAAGACUCUCAGAUGACUUUGAGCUGGAGUCGGGUUUUGAGGUAGAAUUUGCGCAGGGAGAGCUGAGAGAUGAUCUGGUUGAAAGGCGGUGUUUUGAUGAAACCGAGUCCAACCAGGAACCGAGUGGAAACGCCACUCCUGAAUCAGGAAACUAUACAGUCUCACCUCGUGAGUUAAGCUUGCGUCUGCACGGAGUUAUCAACUCGCGUUAUGAGAAACGGAUAAAAGAACUCGAGAUCGCCUUACAAGAGAGCCAGAGGAAAGUGGAGCAGCUAGUCAUGGAAUCAGAGGAAAACAAGAAGCCAUUGUCAAGGAUUUGGGAAACCCAUCAAGUGAUGAAACACAAGAGAGACUCAAAUCUUCCAGUUUCUGUAUCGCAUGUAGAGCAGAAGCAUAAUCCUGCAGAGAACCAACCUCUGGUUAUGAAUUUAGCAGGGCCAGCGCUUGAUGCGUUCAACGAGUCUUACGAGGAACUGAUGGAUAUAAACGAUUAUUCUGAAGAAGACGAUUUACCAUAUGAGAUGCAGGAGAAUGAGCGGCAAGAAAAAUUGUCUUUGACGAGCAAAAGCUCACCUUGGAGCCAUAAAGAUUACAUAAAGGAUUCCUCAAGAACUUCAGAGGAUGUGAGUUUCUUCAGUCUGCAAGAGCUACUUGGUCUGAGCGACGAAGAAGAAGAAGAAGAAGAAGAAGAAGAAGAAGAGAUUGAGAGUGAGAUGGAGAUGCAACUGAUAAAGCAGAUUGUUGAGAAAACGAAACAAGGGUCUUCUGCUGUGUUUAAUGCCCAGAAGAUGCUAUUUCUCAUGGAAGAAAUAGAACAGAACCCAUAAAAUGCUCAAAUUCUCAUUUGUUUCUGGUGAAAUUAUUGUAGGCGUCUCCAGUUAGUGUGUGUAGAUGUGUAAAGAUUUGGUGAAACUUGUCUUGUCAGAUCCAAACAAACUGAAAAUAUGUUUUGUCAAACUCCAUGUUUAUGCGAGUAACGGUGUAAAAGAUGGAAAAUGAAAUCUGGC